CAAAUCUUCUUUCUUUGUAUUUUUCAUCUAGUUGCUGCUGAUUAUUCGUCUUGAUCUUCGAGUUAAAUUUGAUUAAUGUUUUUAUUUAAUUACUUGCUAUUAGAGUUCAGUUAGGGUUUUGACUUUGAUCAAUUUGAGUUUUGAAAGAAAAUUUAUGUGCAAUUUUGUUUUUAGGGACUUUAAUUUUUUUCUAAGUCUCGUCAAUUCAUUUUGAGGAUGGAAUUGGAUCGGUUAUAGCUUAUGAAGCCUACAGGUUGUAGCACUGGAGUUUUAGGGAAUAUAAAAUUUUGGUUAUGUAGAACUUUGGAUUCAAAUUUAAGUUGGCACUUGGCACCGGAAUUUGGAGUUAGGGUUUCUUCAUAUUGACUGGAAUCGCAAUUCUGUAUCUUAACAUAGUUUAGUUAGUCUUGCAUUUGACUGUGUAGGUGAUAAAUAUCCUGUUGCAACCAUUACAUGUUUAGCUAUUGUCCAGAUCGUACCAUUCUCUGCACUAAAAUUUCAAAUUAACAUUACUAAUGUGAUUAACAGAUUUUAAUAUGGUGGUUCUUAACUUUGGUUCCUUAAAGUGAUAUUACUAUCUAACUUUGGUGAGUGAAGAUAGAGCCUGGUUCCUUUUCCUUUGUACUAAUUAUCUGCAAGUGCAAAGUGCACUACAAAGCUAUCAAUUAGGAGCCACUUGAUGGAAUAUAACAUGACAAGCUCCUCAGUUUUGGUAAAUUUGCCUGCUGCUGCCACCUUGAUCAUUCUCCUCCGAUAUUUUUCACUAGAUUAUGAAAUGCGGAGGAAAGCUGCUGUAUACAACAGCAAACCUGCAUCAACAAAUGCAAUGACUCCAAAGCGACUACCAGAGUUUCCUAAAGUUGUUGAACAUUCUGAUUGGAGAAGGAAAGUAAAUUCUCCUGUGGUCGAGGAUGCAAUAGAUCACUUUACAAGACAUCUUAUUUCUGAGUGGGUGACAGAUCAAUGGUAUUCUCGUUUAACACCUGAUAAAGAAGGCCCAGAAGAACUGGUGCAGAUCAUCAAUGGUGUUCUUGGGGAGCUUUCAGACCGCAUGAGAAAUAUAAAUCUCAUCGAUUUACUCACAAGGGACCUUAUUAAUCUCAUUUGUUCGCACUUGGAGCUUUUUCGUAUCAACAAAGCAAAAGUUGGAAGUCAGCAAUCUGGACCACUGACUAUUGAACAUCGAGAUACUGAAAUAAGACGUGUUCUGGCUGCAGAGAACAAACUGCACCCAGCUUUAUUCUCUGUUGAAGCCGAGCACAAGGUAUUGCAACAUUUGAUGGAUGGUCUCAUUUCUUUCACAUUCAGGCCUGAAGAUCUGCAGUGCUCUUUCUUUCGUUAUAUUGUCAGGGAGCUUCUUGCUUGUGCAGUAAUGCGACCAGUCUUAAACUUAGUGAGUCCAAGGUUUAUAAAUGAGAGGAUCGAAUCUGCUGUUAUAUCUAUGACAAAGGCUAAAGGAGGAAUUAAUGCUGCACAAGAUGCAUCUGAAUACAAACCAAAUGGCUCCUUAAGGAUCCCAUCUGAUCAUUUUUCUAAGUUUCUAGAUCCUUCUUCUACUGGUGUUGAACUUGUACAGUUAAAAACUGAUCAGUCCAGAGCUGCUGGAGGCACCACUGCAACAGAUAAUGUAAAUGGGACACAACUCUCGAAGGAUCCAUUGCUUUCUAUGGAUGCUCGAUCUUCCCGUUCAUGGAGCUCUGUUCCCGUGAACUCUCAAACUGGUGUUGAAAGAGGUAUCGAACGGCAUUGUUCAGGAGGAGAAUGGGGUGAUAUGUUAGAUCUCAUUUCACGUAGAAAGACUGAGGCCCUUGCCCCAGAAAAUUUUGAGAACAUGUGGACCAAAGGGAGAAACUACAAAAAGAAGGAGGGUGAAAAACGAUUAAUUGAGCAAGUCCCACAACAUUCCUCUGCUGGGAACCCUGCUACUGUGGAUCAUUCAAAAGCAAUAUCUAAGACCAGAGAGAAGUAUCCAACUAAGCUUAACUCAUCUGAUAGUCGUGCUGCUCAAUCUGUAUCGACUGAUCAGCGCCAAGUAGAAAAAUCAUUUCCACAUGAAUCUAGGAAUGUAUCAAGCUGCUCUUCAGUUGCAUCUUAUGAUGAACACAACCUUGUUGAUUUGGAGGAGGUGGAAUCGGAAAGCAGUGAUUCUUUUACUUCUGAAGAAGAAGAAAUAGGAAAUAUAACAGGUCUUGGUUCUCCUGGAACUAAAGUUUGGGAUGGUAAGAGUAACAGAAAUCUGACUGUUUCUCACAUUCAUCAUCCACUUGAAAAUCUUGAGGGCCGUAUGGUGAAGAAGGCUGGUGGAAGGCGUGUUCAGUUUCGGAGAUUAACCAAAACCCCAUCCAGCUGGAAAAGAUCUAGAUUGAACAGUCAGAAGUUGCCUGUCUGGCAAGAAGUUGAGAGGACAAGCUUCUUAUCAGGGGAUGGACAGGACAUACUUAAUUCACCGAACGGACAUGGAAAAGCUGAUGAUUCCAGUGAUGAUUCUGAGACUGAAUUCUUUGGUAGACUUCACAGUGGAGCAGCUGCUUCUUCAUCUGCUGCUUCUAUCUCUAUGUCAGAAAGUUGUAGUUUGACUGCUAAUUCCUUGCAGAAUUCGUUGGUGGCGGAUUCUUUCUUUAAAUUGAGAUGUGAGGUUUUGGGUGCAAAUAUUGUGAAGAGUGGCUCUAGAACAUUUGCUGUUUAUUCCAUAUCUGUUACAGAUGUAAAUAACAAUAAUAGUUGGUCAAUCAAGAGAAGGUUCCGACAUUUUGAGGAGCUGCAUCAGUGCCUUAAACAAUUUCCAGAGUAUAAACUUCACUUGCCACCAAAGCAUUUUCUCUCCACUGGUUUAGAUGUUCCUGUAAUACGAGAACGUUGUAAAUUGCUUGAUGGAUAUCUAAAGAAGCUCCUGCAACUUCCUACUAUUUCAGGAUCAAUUGAAGUUUGGGACUUUCUAAGUGUUGAUUCCCAGACAUAUGUAUUCUCAAAUUCUUUUUCUAUUGUCCAAACAUUGUCAGUUAACCUUGAAGAUAAUCCAUCUGAAAAGAGCAAAAAGGCCUCAAAUGUUAUGGGGCCACCGAUGGGUCCCUUAUCUUCUAAGAGGGAAAAAUUAGAUGCUGAAAGCAAGAAAUCUGCAUUGCAAAUGAAGCCUAACCUUGCAACGGGUGGAUUAACAAAUGCAAAAGAUGUGUUUUGUUCUCCAUCAAAACUUCCCAUUGAAGAACGGGGCAAGUCCUUUGAAGAUUCAGGCAGUGAUUCUGAUACUAGAAUGCAAAAAAAUUUGUUUGUAAGAAACAUGAGGAAGAAUGCUAGACGAGAGAACGAAAUAGUGGAAGAUGCUUCUGAGUUGCUUCUUGAUGCUGCUACGCACCCAACCCUUCCUACAGAGUGGGUGCCACCAAAUUUAAGUGUCCCAAUAUUAGAUUUGGUGGAUGUCAUUUUCCAGCUCCAGGAUGGUGGGUGGAUCAGGAGGAAGUUUUUUUGGGUGGCCAAACAAAUUCUACAACUUGGAAUGGGUGAUGCUUUUGAUGAUUGGCUGAUAGAAAAGAUCCAGCUGCUGCGCAAGGGCUCUGUUGUUGCUUCAGGAGUCAAGAGGAUUGAGCAGAUACUUUGGCCUGAUGGAAUAUUCAUAACCAAACAUCCAAGGCGUCAACGUCCGCCAUCAUCUAGUAGCCCAUCCCAAGCUUCACCUCGUAGUCCGCAUUCUCCUGAAAUACCUUCACCCAGAUUGAGUGAUGAACAGCAACAACUGGAAGCUGAACGUCGAGCAAAAUUUGUUUAUGAGCUAAUGAUUGACAAUGCACCUGCUGCCAUUGUGGGUCUUGUUGGUCGCAAAGAGUAUGAGCAAUGCGCUAAGGAUCUCUAUUUCUUUAUUCAGUCUCGUGUUUGUUUGAAGCUGCUGGCAUAUGACCUUGUUGAGCUUUUGCUGUUGUCUGCAUUUCCGGAGAUGGAUUAUGCAUUCAAGCAGUUGCAUGAAGAAAAACAUAAGUUUGGUGACUUUAAAGCAAACUAGUUACAUUUCAUACAAACGAGUUGAAUUGUAGAAAUCACGACUAGUCUGGCGUGGCUGAACCCCACCCCCCACCCCAAAAAAAAAAAAAAAGAAGGUAAGGUCUGGCCUGAUAUUUUCCCUCAGGUAUAAUGUUUGGAUUCAUGUCCGCCGUUGUCGUUUCAAUGCAUCUAGAAGAUAUACUUCAUUCAUAUACAGUGUCAAGAUCAUCCAUUCAUAUACAGGGCCAAAUACUGUAAACGGUCUUUUUUUUUUUUUUUAAUCUCACAUUUCGAGGAAGUUGUAAGUAGAUCUUGAGAUCAGUGAAAAUAUAUAAUGGAAAGCUUGUUCCUCUGAUUUCCUCUUU